AUGGGAAGACGCCCUAGAAUGCCAGAAGAGGAGUGGGAGAAGUGGAAGGAAACCAUCGAGCGGAUCUACAUGGUAGAACAGCAGACUCUCAAGCUUCUCAUCCAAGGGAUGGCCAACACACAUGGCUUCAUCGCAACAGAAAAAGAGUAUCGAAUCAGACUUGAAAAAUGGGGGUUUAGAAAGAGCAAUACUCAGGGAAGCUCAAGCUCAACUGCCGAUCGAGAUUCUGACCACGCUCGAAGGAGAGCAGCCCAAGCCCUUCCAUCGAACGGACAACGGCUGAUCCUCGACUUACAGCCCUGUCGGCAUCAACCUUCACCCGAAUUCCGCUGGUCCGACGACCUGGAGCAGCAGCUAUGGAAAAUGCAAAUCGCCAUUGACACCAUCAUCAAGGGUUCAUUUGGAUCAGCCAAUGAGAAUGAGAAAUGGACAUCAGACAAGGUCACUCUCACUGCACCAUCUACUGAGUUGAACGAUUCGCGGAGGUGGCAACACCUUAACUCCCAGUGCGCUGCCUUUGUUGCCCUUUCAGGGAUCGGUCUUUAUGCUCAGCUUAGGGCGGCCCUUGAUCAGCUGAAACAAGACGUCAAGGGGCUGAAUAUUUCGCUUGGGCCAAAAACCUUUUUAUUUCAACUUAUUUACAUGUGGAGGAUGUGUUUGGAACUUCUCAAGGCACGCCUGCACCUACCUCGGGUACAAACAGCCGAUGGCCAGUCCAGCCUGUCACUCAACCCUCUUGUUCCGACCUUCUUGGGCCAAUGGGAGAAGCAUCUGGCUGAAAAUCUUGGCUCGCAGGAUCCUACAUGCGACAUCAUGGCUGCCCUGCUCACUAUUUUCAGACGUUCGCCAGAAAGGCUUAAAAUGGGCUUAGAACGUGGAUACUGCAUGACUAUAAAAGGGUUGGAAGGAAUAGUGGGAAGCAACAAUGGCAUCGUCCUGAGAAUGUGGUCGCACUACAUCAAGUCUUCGAGCCAAGAUGACAUGUUCAUCGAGGGCGGCCAAGGAGACAAGCUAAACGAGAUGUUUCGACACAUCAGCUUGCAUGCUGAUCAGUCGUAUGGGCCUUGCAGCCCGGAGGCAAUAUCCAUCUUGCACGGCUAUACGGAGAUGAUACUCACCAAAACAACCAUCGAUGCCGGAGACCUCAACAGUUAUCAUCCUGUGUUGCCAAGGACCUCAAAUCCCACUCGCGUGGAGGACUUUGCUCUGGAGGUCAGGCAGAGGGCGAAGUCAAGUUUACAAGCCUCUGGUGGUUCCAAUUACGACUUGGUGGCGGUCGAAGCCUACGUUUUUUCAACAGAACUACUUGCCAAGAAGCUCUACCAGAGAGCGAAUCCACUCUUCAGUCUCGAGCUGCUGGAUGAAGCCAUCGACUUGUUGAAGCAUGGCAACACGGAGUGUCUCAUCUGGGCCGCCAUGUUCUCAAAGAACAGGGUGAGGCUGUUGGGGGAUAAAAAAGACCCCAAACCAUUCAACCCCGAGAAGUAUCGCAUGUUAGAGAUCAGGUCUCGGCUACCAAUGCUACGGCCACAAUUCCAUCAACCUUUUGACUGGGUUGGUACAAGUGGGCGGACCCGAUUCCUCAGGAAGCGUCGUCAGACGGCGAAGGAUGAGAUGAUCGAAGAUCUUUGGUCCAUGUUGGAUGACUUGAAGCUAUCUUGA